GAUCUGUUUGCAAGACAGCCGAGAGUCUAUACCCAGAACAAUGCAGGCUCUGACCGUUGCUCUUUUCCUUGGCCUUGUGGCCUUCGCUGCCGCUGGCUUUCUGGGCCAUGGAUACGGCCAUGGUUACGGCCACGGCUACGGCCACGGCUACGGCAAGGCCUACCUCGCCAACUCUGCUGUGACCUGGUCCAUCACCCCCUCUGCUCUCGGCGGAUACGGACAUGGUGGAUACGGUGGUUACGGCCAUGGUUACGGCCAUGGAUACGGCCAUGGAUACGGCCAUGGUGCUGUCCUCCUCGGCUACGGCCAUGGAUAUGGCCAUGGAUAUGGCCAUGGUUACGGCCAUGGUUAUGGUCACGGUUACGUCUAUUGAGGCUUCGGUGUUUACACUGUAGGAACCUCGGAGUGUGCUGUAAGACUGUUGUGUCAAUGACACCGAAUCUGUAUUUAUUUCUGAUACCGAACGAGAACCAAUAAAGCACGAAAAAAAAUGACA